UGUGUUUUUGCUUUAUUUUUUCACGUCUACCUCUUCAAGUUAGCUGUCCAUCUUUUCUUAAAAUACUGAAUAUAAUAACUAGAUAUACGAUUCUGGGUUCAAUCAGGACACGGAAAUACGUGCACUGUAUUCGCAUUUCUUCGAAUUGGCUAAUUAGCGACCCAGAUAGCUAGCUAGGCUACAUCUCAUUUGUUACCGACUGGUGGACCUUCAGCUUUGAAAACGAUCUCGCAGAGGAAUCGAACCGACCCCAGGCCUCCAAUCCAGGGCGGAGGGAGGGAAGGAGGUCGCUGGGAUCGGGAUGGAAACUAAAGAAGAGGCCGACGGUCCGGGCGCGCCGGGGCUAUGCUGCGCCUCCUUCAACCAGGACACCACGUCUCUGGCCGUGGGGAAUAAGACUGGAUACCGGCUCUUCUCCGUCACCUCGGUGGAUAAGCUUGACUGCGUCUACGAAAGCGCAGACACCCCUGAUGUUUACAUUGUGGAGCGGCUCUUCUCCAGCAGCUUGGUCGUUGUGGUGAGCCAGGCCACGCCCCGCCGGAUGAACGUCUACCACUUCAAGAAGGGAACAGAGAUCUGCAACUACAGCUACUCCAACAACAUCCUGUCCGUCCGCCUCAACCGGCAGAGGCUGGUGGUGUGUCUGGAGGAGUCCAUUUACAUCCACAACAUCAAGGACAUGAAACUCCUCAAGACUCUACUGAGUACGCCGCCCAACCCCUCAGGUCUUUGUGCUCUCUCCAUUAAUCAUUCUAACUCCUACCUGGCGUAUCCUGGCAGUGCCACCAUCGGGGAGAUCAUUGUCUACGACGCCAACAACCUGAACACUGUGACCAUGAUUCCGGCCCACGACAGCCCCCUGGCGGCCAUCACCUUCAACGCUGCAGGGACCAGACUGGCCAGCGCCUCAGAGAGGGGCACUGUCAUCAGAGUGUUCAGCGUCCCCGAGGGACACCGGCUGCUGGAGUUCCGCAGAGGGAUGAAGAGGUACGUCAAUAUCAGCUCCCUCUCCUUCAGUCCGGAUAACCAGUUCCUCUGUGCCUCCAGCAACACGGAGACUGUGCACAUCUUCAAACUGGAGCACCCCACACCCAGUGGCGAGGAGUCCUCCCCCACCUGGUCGGCGUACGUGGGGAAGGUGUUCUCCGCCGCCAGCAGCUACCUCCCGGCGCAGGUGUCCGACAUGAUGAACCAGGACCGCGCCUUCGCCACGGUGCGGCUCGACGUCUACGGGCAGAGGAACGUCUGCGCGCUGGCCACGAUCCAGAAGCUGCCCCGUCUCCUGGUGACGUCCUCCGACGGGCAGCUCUGCAUCUACAACCUGGACCCCCACGAGGGCGGGGAGUGUGUGCUCGCCAAAAAGCACAGGCUGCUGGGCUCGGACUCGGAGAGCGGCGGGUCAGAGGAGACAGAACCACAGACCGGACCUCCGGCCCAAAGCCUCCCGACGUACGCAGCCACCGUUGCCACCUCCAGUGCCACGCCCUCCCCCGCCACUCUCACAGGGUACUCGGAGGACGGCGGGGCGAGGAAGGGCGAGAUCAUCCCCGAGCACGAGUUCGCCGCAGGACCCGUGUGUCUGGAUGACGAGAAUGAGUUUCCUCCUAUAAGUUGGUGCCGCGACGGGACGGGGAGUGGCAAAGGCCGGCGCGCGUGAGGGAGUGAGGUGGAGACAGUUGCGGACAGGUGGACGCCCUCGCGCGGGGCGGGAGCCACGCCCAGUGGACAAGAAGAUGGGCUAUGCAUGAGCCGCGAGGGACACGUACACAAUUCAGGGUGCUAACUAUCGUUUAACGGAAACAUUUUUAAAAAUAACGGACGAAAAUGAGUUUUCAUCAAAAAGUCAGGAUUGGGUCUGCUUAGCUCAACUCCUUAGAAGUGUGUUAUACAAGUUAGGUGCAUGACUGAAGUUUAACAUAGCCACGUUUUAACAUAUACUUGACCAAUAUCUUCUUAAAAGAAAUAUUGUUUUUAUUAUCAUUAUGGUAUCGAAACCUUGGAAUAAGGAAUUUAACUAUUUUUAUGUUUUUUUUUUUUUUUUGUUUUUUUUUUUAGUAAUCAUGAUUUUGGAUACAUGCCUAUUGUAUGUGUAUUCCUCUUGUAUACCAAGUUGGUAAAUGGUUUUGUAUGUGCCUAUAAUAUCAUUUGUAACCAUGCAAAAUAUUUUGCAAAGUUGCACAAAACCCAAAAAAGAAAUAAAUAGACAUUACAGUGGAAAUAAAAGAAUGAAACAAA